GUCUCAGGAAGGAGUAGGGUGCAUGGAUUGAAACGAUAUUUGCCACACACUUAUCGAAGUGCUCGCUCCUCUCACAGCUGAGAUAUCGUUUCUGACUGCCAUACCCACUCACCAUGCUUUUCCGUUUCGGAGCUCCACUUUUUUGAGUUUGACGGACAAACUCAAACGCAGGAAAUACAACGUUUCAAUGCGGUCAGCUUUACAAAGCUGAAUAUCUUCAAGAGAGUUUAUGUGUCUUUCCAGCCUGGGAGUUGAACUGGAGAUUGAAUUUGGCGAAAUAUGUCUGAUCACAGAUCCAGUUUUCUUCACAUUGGUGACAUAGUUUCUCUCUAUGCGGAAGGAACGGUCAAUGGCUUCAUUAGCACUCUGGGGUUGGUGGAUGACAGGUGUGUGGUACAGCCUGAUGCCGGGGAUCUGGCAAACCCGCCCAAGAAGUUCAGAGAUUGCCUCUUCAAGGUGUGUCCCAUGAACAGAUACUCCGCCCAGAAGCAGUUCUGGAAGGCCAAACAGGGCAAGCAGGGGAACAACACCGAGGAAGACCUGAUGAAGAAGCUACAGCAUGCCGCUGAACUGGAACAGAAGCAGAAUGAUUCGGAGAACAGGAAGCUGCUGGGAGAGGUGGUGAAGUACAGCAGUGUCAUCCAGUUACUCCACAUCAAGAGCAACAAGUACCUGACGGUGAACAAGCGCCUUCCGGCCCUGCUGGAGAAAAACGCCAUGCGCGUUUCCCUGGACCCGGCGGGCAACGAGGGCUCCUGGUUCUACAUCCAGCCCUUCUGGAAGCUGCGCAGCGAAGGGGACAAUGUGGUGGUUGGUGACAAGGUGGUGCUGAUGCCUGUGAAUGCCAGGCAGCCGCUCCAUGCCAGCAACAUUGAGCUGCUGGACAACAGAGGCUGCAAAGAGGUUAAUGCUGUGAACUGCAACACCAGCUGGAAGGUCACUCUUUUCAUGAAGUUCAGUGACUACAAGGAAGAAAUCUUGAAAGGGGGCGAUGUGGUCAGGCUCUUUCACGCUGAGCAGGAAAAGUUCCUGACAUGUGAUGAGUACAAGGGCCGGCAGCACAUAUUCCUCAGGACCACACUACGGCAGUCUGCCACCUCUGCUACCAGCUCCAAAGCACUCUGGGAAAUUGAAGUGGUCCAUUAUGAUCCUUGCAGAAGUGGGGCUGGACAGUGGAACAGCCUGUUCCGUUUCAAGCACCUGGCCACAGGGAAUUACCUGGCAGCAGAGGUGAACCCUGAUUAUCGAGACGACCGUGUGGAGUCCAAAGCUGGAGCAGAUGACGAGACGCAGUCCGCCGGCAAGAAGAAGCAAGCGCCGGAGAAGAUCGCCUUCACCCUGGUCUCCAUUCCCCACGGCAACGACAUCGCCUCCCUGUUUGAGCUGGACGCCACCACCCUGCAGAGGGCAGACUGCCUGGUGCCCAGAAACUCUUAUGUCAGACUGCGGCACCUUUGUACCAACACCUGGGUUACCAGCACUAACAUCCCGAUCGAUACAGAGGAGGAACGACCUGUUAUGCUCAAGAUCGGCACCUGCCCCACGAAGGAGGACAAGGAGGCCUUCGCCAUCGUCUCCGUGCCCCUGUCCGAGGUGCGAGACUUGGACUUCGCCAACGACGCUAACAAGGUGCUGGAGUACACGGUGCGGAAGCUGCAGCAUGGCAUCAUCACCCAGAACGAGAGGAGGUUUGUCACGAAGCUUCUGGAGGACCUGAUUUUCUUUGUGGCGGGCGUCCCCAACAACGGCCAGGAAGUCCUGUCUGUGGUCAUCACCAAGCCUGAUCGGGAGAGGCAGAAACUCAUGAGGGAGCAGAAUAUCCUGGCACAGAUCUUUGGGAUUCUGCAAGCCCCGUUCAAAGACAUGGGUGAGGGGCCCAUGCUGAAGCUGGAGGACCUCGGAGACCAGCGCUACGCCCCCUUCAAGUACCUCCUGAGGCUUUGCUACCGGGUGCUGCGGCACUCCCAGCAGGACUACAGGAAGAACCAGGAGUACAUUGCCAAGAAGUUCUCCAUCAUGCAGUCCCAGAUCGGUUAUGAGAUCUUGGCAGAGGACACCAUCACUGCCCUGCUCCACAACAACCGCAAGCUGCUGGAGAAGCACAUCACGGCCAAGGAGAUCGAGACCUUUAUCAACCUGCUCCGGCGCAACCGCGAGCCCAGGUUCCUGGACUAUCUGUCAGACCUAUGCGUGUCCAAUCAGACAGCCAUCCCCAUCACCCAGGAGCUCAUCUGCAAAUUCAUGCUGAACCCUUCAAAUGCAGACAUCCUCAUCCAGACCAAGCUGAUGCCCGCGGUGGACAGCACCCUGGACGGCUCCUUCCCGCAGGAGGAAGUAGAAGAGGAGGAGGUGUGGCUCUAUUGGAUCGACAGCCACAAGGAGCCCCAUGGGAAGUCCAUCCGCCACUUGGCCCAGGACGCCAAGGGGAACCACAAGAUGGACGUGGACAUCAUCACCUAUUACAGGUACCAGCUGAACCUGUUUGCCAGGAUGUGUUUGGACCGGCAGUACCUGGCCAUCAACCAGGUGUCCAGCCAGCUGCCGGUGGACCUGAUCCUGCGAUGCAUGUUCGAUGACUGCCUGCCGUACAACCUGCGUGCCUCCUUCUGCCGCCUCAUGCUGCACAUGCACGUGGACCGCGACCCGCAGGAGGCCGUGGUGCCCGUGCGCUACGCCCGCCUCUGGACCGAGAUCCCCUCCCGGAUCACCAUCCACGAGUAUGACUAUGGAUGUACCUCACGAGAUGACAUGAAAAGGAAGUUUGCCCCAACCAUGGAGUUUGUUGAAGAAUAUCUCAAAGAUGUCGUCAGUCAGCCUUUCCCAUUUGGAGACAAGGAGAAGAAUGAGCUAACUUUGGAGGUUGUGCACCUGGCUCGUAACCUGGUCUACUUCGGGUUCUACAGCUUCAACGAGCUUCUGCGACUCACACGCACUCUACUGGCCAUCUUGGAUAUUGUCCAGCAUACUGUGAGCUGCAUGGAGAAACUCAGCAAGGGCCCAGAGGGAGGGAACAACGUGAUGCGCACCAUCCACGGCGUGGGUGAAAUGAUGACCCAGAUGGUGCUGAGCAGGGGGUCAGUCCUGCCCCACAGCCACUCCACCGUGCGCCACAGCAAGGCCCUGUACAUGCCCGACAACGAGGACGUCAUGGUCAUGAACACCAAGCUCAAGAUCAUUGAGAUCCUCCAGUUUAUUCUGAGCGUGAGGCUUGACUACAGGAUUACCUACCUGCUAUCCAUCUACAAAAAAGAGUUUGGAGAUGGUGCUCUCCCCGACAGCUCGCUCUCAGUAGCUGAAAUGUCAACCAUGUCAGUUCCAGAUCCAGACAUAGACGAGAUUGCAGCCCAAGCAGAAACCAUGUUUGCUGGAAGCCUGGAGAAGAGUGCUGUGGAGCUGGAUGACGAGGGGGGGCGGACGUUCCUGCGCGUCCUCAUCCACCUCAUCAUGCAGGACUACCCCCCGCUGGUGUCCGGCUCCCUGCAGCUGCUCUUCAAGCACUUCAGCCAGAGAGCCGAGGUUCUGCAAGCCUUCAAACAGGUCCAGCUGCUGGUAUCAGAGCAGGAUGUGGAGAACUACAAGCAGAUCAAAAUGGACCUGGAUCAGCUGCGCCUGACGGUGGAGAUGUCGGAGCUGUGGGUGGAGAAGAGCGGAGGCUACGGCAGUGAAGAGCUGGUGGACAGCCAGAGCAAGGAGCAGAUCAUGGAGGAGGCGGGGAUACUAAGCCCAGUGCAGGAUGGGAACACCAAACCUCAGAUCGACAGCAAUAAAGCAAACAACUACAAAAUCGUUAAAGAGAUCCUGCUGCGUCUCACCAAGCUGUGCUAUCCCAGCAAGAAGAGCCGUGUUCAGCAGCAGAGACUGCUCAAGAACAUGGGUGCUCACACUGUGGUGCUGGACCUCCUGCAGAUCCCCUAUGAGAAGACCGACCAAAAGAUGAGCGAGAUCAUGAACCUGGCCCACAGCUUCCUGCAGAACUUCUGCCGAGGGAACCCACAGAACCAGGCUCUUCUGCACAAACACCUCAACCUCUUCCUCACCCCAGGGCUGCUGGAGGCAGAGACCAUGCGGCACAUCUUCAUGAAUAACUACCACCUGUGCAACGAGAUCAGCGACCGCGUGGUGCACCACUUCGUCCACUGCAUCGAGACGCACGGCCGCCACGUCCAGUACCUGCGUUUCCUGGAGACCAUCGUCAAGGCCGACGGCAAGUACGUCAAGAAGUCUCAGGACAAGGUCAUGACUGAGCUGGUGAGCGGGGGCGAGGACGUGCUCGUCUUCUACAACGACCGCUCGUCCUUCCCGACGCUGCUGAGCAUGAUGGUCUCGGAGCGCGAGCGCGCGGACGAGAACGGGCCCCUGGCCUACCACAACACGCUGGUGGAGCUGCUGGCUGCCUGCACAGAGGGCAAGAACGUCUACACCGAGCUCAAGUGCAACUCCCUGCUGCCCCUCGACGACAUCGUGCAGGUGGUGACGCAUGAUGACUGCAUACCUGAGGUGAAAAUGGCCUAUGUGAACUUUGUGAACCACUGCUACGUGGACACAGAGGUGGAGAUGAAGGAGAUCUACACCAGCAACCACAUCUGGAAACUCUUCGAGAACUUCCUGAUAGACAUGGCCCGGGUGUGCAACAGCACCACGGACAGGAAGCAUGCCGACACGGUCCUGGAGAGGUAUGUCACUGAGACUGUGAUGGCCAUCGUCAAGGGCUUCUUCAGCUCCCAGUUCUCUGUCAACAACUCCAACCUACAGACCCACCAGCCCAUUUUCAUCCAGCUUCUGCAAUCUGCAUUCAGGAUAUAUAACUGCACCUGGAUCAGCUCACUGCAGAAGGCCAACAUCGAGAGCUGCAUCAAGACGCUGGCGGAUGUGGCUAAGAACCGUGCCAUCGCCAUUCCCGUGGACCUGGAUAGCCAGGUGAACACGCUGUCCCUCAAGACGCACACCAACAUGGUGCAGCGGGCCGCCAAGGGUUGGAGGCUCUCAGCCCGCACUGGGCCUCGCAAGGAGCCCCUCGGAGGCCCGGACUACAAGAGCAUCAUCGAGAAGCUGCAGGGUGUGGUGACGUGUCUGGAGGAGCAGUUCAGUCCCAAAGUGCAGGCUGAGUUCUCGGUGCUGGUGGACGUUCUGCACAGCCCAGAGCUCCUGUUUCCAGAGGCGGCCCGUCUGCGCUGUGAGAGCGGUGCAUUCAUGUCCAAGUUGAUCAAACACACCAAGAAGCUGAUGGACAAGGAGGAGAAGCUCUGUAUCAAGAUCCUGCAGACGCUGCGAGAGAUGUUAGACAAGAAGGAGACCUUUGAGGAGUCAGGAAACAUUUUGAGGAAGAUCCUUCUCACACGCUACUUUGGCAACCAGCGGCUUCACACCAAAUCAGAGGGAAACAGCUCCUCUGCCGGCUACCCUAAACCUUCAGCAGGAGGAGGGUCACCCAUGCCAGACUCAGACAAGUCUGGAACCUGCAUGGUGGACAUCCAGUGCCUCCUGGACAGUGUGGGCACUACAGAGCUGGUGGUGGACCUCAUUGUCAGCACCAAGAAUGACCGGGUGUUUGAGGAAAGCAUUCUCCUUGGCAUUAGCUUACUGAGAGGAGGAAAUACGCAGAUCCAGAAUUCCUUUUACCGUCAGCUCCAGGAGAAGAAGAAGUCAGAGAAGUUCUUUAAGGUGUUUUAUGACCGCAUGGAGCUCGCCCAGCAGGAGAUCCGCUCGACCGUCUCAGUAAACAUGUUCGAGCUGAGCUGCAGGAAGAGGGACGAGGAUGGGGAGACGACGACAACCAGACUGAAGAAACCAGGGAGAGACUCCACCUUACACCUGAAGGAUGACAUGAAAGGCCAGCUCAGAGAGGCCUCCUCUAUUACCUCCAAGGCCUACUCCACCUUCCGCAAGGAGAUCGACCCUGACCUGGAUCUGAUUGGCUCGGGGGGUGAGGGGGGCGGGCCAGACGACUUGAGAGAGGAAGCUCAGAUGAGCCCAGCCAUCGCGAUAAUGAAACCCAUUCUACGCUAUCUGCAGCUUCUGUGUGAGAACCACAACCGGGACCUGCAGAAUUUCCUGCGGAACCAGAACAAUAAGACCAACUAUAACCUGGUGUGUGAGACGCUGCAGUUCCUGGACUGCAUCUGUGGCAGCACCACCGGAGGGCUAGGCCUGCUGGGCCUCUAUAUCAAUGAGAGGAAUGUGGACCUGGUGAAGCAGACCCUGGAGACCAUCACAGAGUACUGCCAGGGGCCCUGCCAUGAGAACCAGACCUGUAUCGCCAAGCACGAGUCCAACGGGAUUGACAUCAUCAUCGCUCUCAUUGUGAACCCCAUCAACCCUCUGGGGAAGCACCGCAUGGACCUGGUGCUGGAGCUGAAGAACAACGCAUCCAAGCUGCUGCUGGCCAUCAUGGAGAGUCGCCAUGACAGCGAAAACGCCGAGAAGAUCCUGUAUAAGAUGCGGCCCAACGAGCUGGUGGACGUGAUGAAGGAGGCGUACAACCAAGGCCUGGAGAACGAGUCGGAGGAGGUGAGCGGCGGGGACCAGAUCAUGCCCAAAGACGUGGGUCACAAUAUCUACAUCCUGGCUCACCAGCUGGCACGGCACAAUAAGCUACUCCAGCAGAGCCUCAGGCCAGGAUUGGAUCCUGAGAACGAGGGAGACGAUGCUCUGAGGUACUAUGCCAAUCACACGGCCCAAAUCGAGAUAGUGCGUCAUGACCGGAGCAUGGAGCAGAUCGUGUUUCCUGUGCCCAACAUCUGCGAAUACCUUACCGAGGAGUCGAAGGUGCGCGUCUUCAACAGCACGGAGAGGGACGACCAGGGAAGCAAGGUCAAUGACUUCUUUCAGCAGUUCGAGGACCUCUACAAUGAAAUGAGGUGGCAGAAGAAAAUCAGAAAUAACCCAGCACUGUUCUGGUUCUCUCGUCACAUCUCCCUGUGGGGCAGCAUCUCCUUCAACCUGGCCGUGCUGGUCAACAUCGCGGUGGCGCUUUUCUACCCCUUCGGGGAUGAUGAAGACGAAGGCACCCUGCCCCCCUUCGUGUCCGUUGUGCUGUGGGUUGCCGUGGCGGUGUGCUCUGCCAUGCUCUUCGUUCUUCCAAAACCCGGCGGCAUCCCACCGUUCCUGGCGUCAAUCAUCCUCCGGUCCAUCUACACCUUCGGCCUAGGUCCCACACUGGUGCUGCUGGGUGCUGCCAAUCUGCUCAACAAGAUCGUAUUUUUAGUGAGCUUUGUGGGAAAUCGCGGGACAUUCACACGAGGAUAUAAAGCCGUUGUCAUGGAUAAGGCCUUUCUGUUCCAUGUGAUCUACGUCAUCGUCUGCAUGCUGGGCCUCUUCGUCCACGAGUUCUUCUACAGCUUCUUGCUCUUUGAUUUGUUGAACCGGGAGGAGACUCUGUGGAACGUGAUCCAGAGCGUGACCCGGAACGGGCGGUCGAUCAUCCUCACUGCCGUGCUGGCCCUCAUCCUGGUCUACCUCUUCUCCAUCGUGGGCUUCCUCUUCCUUAAGGACGACUUCCGCAUGGAGGUGGACCGGCUCCCCCUCCCAGGAAUGCGGAGUCAAAGUCCGGACACAUGCUCGAAAGAGACCUGCCUUGACUCCUUAUCCUUAUCUGUCACAGCAACGGAGGAGGACGACGGGACGGAGCACGUGUGCGACACCCUGCUGAUGUGCAUCGUCACGGUGCUGAACCAGGGCCUGCGGAACGGCGGGGGCGUGGGCGACGUGCUGAGGAAACCCUCCAAAGACGAGCCUCUGUUUGCUGCACGUGUGGUUUACGACCUCCUGUUUUACUUCAUUGUGAUCAUCAUCGUGCUCAACCUCAUCUUCGGCGUCAUCAUCGACACCUUCGCCGACCUGAGGAGCGAGAAACAGAGGAAGGAGGAGAUUCUGAAGACCACCUGCUUCAUCUGCGGACUGGAGAGAGACAAGUUUGACAACAAGACCGUGUCCUUCGACGAGCACAUCAAGUCAGAGCACAACAUGUGGCAUUACCUCUACUUCCUGGUUCUGGUUAGAGUGAAAGACCCCACUGAGUACACUGGCCCGGAGAGCUAUGUGGCUCAGAUGAUCAAGGAGAAGAAUUUGGACUGGUUCCCUCGGAUGCGGGCCAUGUCACUGGUGAGCAGCGAGGGCGACGGGGAGCAGAACGAGAUGCGCCUGCUGCAGGAGAAGCUGGACAGCACCGUGACGCUGGUGACGCAGCUGUCUGCGCAGCUGGCCGAGCUCAAGGAGCAGAUGACGGAGCAGCGGAAGAAUAAACAGAGGAUGGGGUUCCUGGGACCCCCUCAGGCAAACCAUCACAUCUCUGCCCACUGAGGGGGGGUCACUGGAGAGGGGCUACAGGCAUUUCAGUGCCUUGGGAACAGCUGGAGAGCCAGGGUCCGUGUCCACCACUGGAGACCUGGAUCAGCUUCUACUGCACAGACAUAUACGACCUCACGGCCAGAUUGAACGGCUGGGCUCCGGUAAUGAAAUUGGCCUGACCAUUCCUCGCCGAAGAGCUGCCGGUCAUGGUUGAGGCAUAUGGUUCACCGGUGUGUGGUGCAAUGCUGCAGCCUUUGCUUUGGUUUUGUGUUUGUUUUAUGUUUUGGGGUAAAGUGGAGCCAAGGUUGUGGUGGCUGAUCAUAGUCACAGAGGUAUGUUACCUAUCCCUCAGUCUCAUAGUCCCAAGUAGGACCAUGUCAUUUUAUACUAUGGAAAGGUAUGUUAUGUCAUUUUAAAAGAUAAAACACUUUCCCCUAAUUUUUGAAUGCAGUGUUAGAGGAUUUUUUUUUUCCUGAAGUUGGAUAUGACACAAACAAUGUGAACUGGAGUAUUUUCAUAUAAAAUAUAUUCAAACAUAAAUGUGUUUGGAAAUGUGGCCAAGGUCUUGUGUCAUUAAUGAAAUAUGCAUGUUUUCAAGGGGAAAAAACUGGACCACUUAUUAUUGCACUCUUUAAACAUUUAAAUCUCAAACUGAUUUUUUUUCUA